GAUUAAUGGAAGUACUGCAGCUUAGGUUUGUACUGAACGGGUGUUCCCGUUCGGACAGGCACUACCUCUACUAUUACCUAGGGGCUCGGGUUAGGUAUCAUCUACUCGCUUCUAGCCAUGUUACCGCCCGGCUAGGGUGAUAGAAAGAUAGCGACCUGCCACCCACCCAGUGACGUGACUGCAGCCCUUGAGCUUAAUGCUGAUGCUGAGUAGGAAAAAUGUACAAAAACUUGC